AUGCCUCUCCGUUCGUGGGACGCCAUAGGAUUCGAGGAUGGAGGGGUGGCAUCUAAAUACAUAUCCUCACCUUCAUCCGACAGGGGAAGGUUGCCUGCUUUCACACAAAAUACUGGUAGCAAAGAAGCUUACCUCGUCGACGUUGGUGUCUUGUCAUCAUCCUCGGACCCGCCGAGAAAAUGGGAAUCUUUCGAGAUAUUCAGUGUUAGUUUGGACAUUUAUUCGGCCAAAAAGGCAGAUGAAGGCAGGAGGGUUAAGUUUGCUGAGGAACGCCCAUCUUUCUACCCGGAUCAUCGUAUAUUUGUAUUGAAAUUGAAUGUGAAAGGGUCGUUAAUGGCACAGGUAAAGAAGAUAUAUACGCAAAUGGAAAACAAAGGAAUUCCAUAUAUGACCCUUGCGUCUAAUCCUGGCGACUCUGUUAUGUGCGGCACUACAAAUAACCCAGAAGUUGGGAUGUUUUGUAUUGCCGAUACACAUUCCGCACAAGUACUUGGGAACCCUCUUUCAUGUCCACCGAUGAAACUCAUUCAAUUGUGGGCGGCGCUUGAUCUAAUAUAUGGGCGUUCUCUUGUUGUGUUCGCUGACAGGCAUUUGCUG